AUGGAUCUUUUCAACUCAGCUCUUGGGAAAAAUAUCACUUUUGUGCAUCCUGCAUAUUUCAUAAUAAGUGGUUUAUCUGGCCUCCCAAAUAUAAAAUAUUACUAUGUCUUUCUCUUUUUUGUUUAUAUAAUUUCAGUGCUGGGAAACACUAUUGUGAUGGCAGUGAUAUACUUGGAUCAUAAUCUGAGAGCUCCAAAAUAUAUUGCAGUAUUUAAUUUAGCGUUUGUGGACCUGUUUGGUAACUCUGCUCUGGUACCGAAGGUUCUUGACAUCUUUCUGUUUAACCAUCGCUACAUCCCGUACAACGACUGCUUGACAUUCCUUUUUUUCUGCUACACCUGCCUUUCAAUGCAGUCAUUUAAUCUGGUUGCCCUCUCCUAUGACAGACUGAUAGCUAUCAUCUUCCCACUGCAUUAUCAAGUGAAAGUGACCCACAGGUUCAUGCUGUCUUUGAUUGCCUCUUUCUGGAUCUUUGUUAUAAUUGCUGUACUUAUUGCAGUUGGCCUCAUUACAAGACUUUCCAUCUGUAAGUCUGUGGUUAUUAACAGCUAUUUUUGUGACCAUGGCCAGAUAUACCGGCUGUCCUGUAAUGACCAUUUUCCCAAUUAUGCCCUCAGUUGUUUUUACCCAGUUCUCAUUUUUUGGCUUCCGCUUGCUUUUAUCUUGGUAAGUUACCUAUAUAUUGGCUAUACUUUGGCUAAAGUAGCCACAGUUCAAGAAGGACUCAAAGCCUUUAAAACGUGCAUAGGUCAUCUUUCAUUGGUGGCAAUCUAUUUCAUUCCAUUGUUAAUCACAUUUACCUUAAUGGCAAACAUACAUCCAAAUGCCAGGAUCAUUAACCUGUCUCUGACCUCUGUCUUUCCUCCCAUGUUGAACCCAAUCAUUUAUGUUCUGCAGACACAAGAAAUCAAAGAAUCUUUCUUUAAG